UCAAUGAGCGACCCAAGCCCACAUGGGCACCAUUGACAUAGAUGGGCACAUAGACAGUAAAAGAAGCCCACUGAAGUUUUGACGGCACUAAAUAAGGGUCAGCAUGGCCAGACAGUGGUCUGAGGGCCACUCCACAUCCAUCCUGUGUGUUGGGGCUUCUUCAGGCCCCGAGGGUCUCCUCGCUUCCGGCUCUGAGGGUGGAGAGGUCACGGUGUGGAGCCAAGAGGGGACCAUCAUAGGCCGUCUCACUCUCCCCGGUGAAGAGGACAGCACGAGUGUUGUGUUUUCGCCUGCAGAUCCGGGUCAACUGUAUGUGUCACAUGGAGACACAGUGAGUGUACUCGACCCCAGAAACCUAAAGGGCCCCGUGGAGGAAUUUCAGGGUGCAGGGGAGGAGGAGAUCAAUGCUUUGGCACUAAAUGAGAUGGGUUCAGUCCUGGCAGUGGCUGAUGACUCCGGGGCAAUCCGGGUACUGGAGCUUCCUGGGGGGAAAGUGUGCAGGACUCUUCGUAGACACACUAACAUCUGCUCCUCUGUGGCUUUUCGGCCUCACAGGCCCAAUAACCUGGUGUCUGCUGGACUGGACAUGCAGGUGAUGCUGUGGGGUCUGCAGAAGACACGUCCUCUUUGGACCCUCAACCUCCAGGAAGUAGCAGAGGAAGAAGACGACCAUCAGCAGCGUCCCGGUCAGCUUUUCAACCCGCCACUGGUCCACUGUGUCUCUGUGGCGAGUUGUGGGAACAUUUUGGGUUGUGCGGCAGAGGACGGGCGGGUGCAUUUGAUGCGGAUCGGCAGCGGCUCUAAACUCGAACAGCAGGGAGCAGUCAAGGCCCACAGUCAGGGGGCCUCACAAGCCCACUUUGUUAGUUUCCUUUCCCACCCUCACUGGCUCGUCACUGGGGGGAAUGAUGGCCAGGUCUUCCUGUGGGACCUCAGUAAGCACCCAGUGGUGACUCCCGAGGCAAAGGCCAAAACUGGAGCGUCAGCAGCCCCACGCAGGAAAAGUAAGUGCAAGGCAAGAAGGAAAGAACAAUCCCAGGAUAAAGCAAAGACCCCACCGAAGGUUGAAACACAGAAAGAAGAAGUGGAGGAUGAAGUGGCAGCAAGUGCCGAAGAGGUGACAGAGGAGAAGGCUGGGCCUAAACUGAGCAUCAGUCAUGGGGACAAGGUGAACUGGUUGUGCCCUGCUGUGCUGAAAGGAGAACCCAGUGUGGUGGUCGCAGAUCAGAGCACCAGUCUGACAGUCUACCCUCUGUCUCGACUAUAGAUUCACACACUUUACGUGUUCUUUCAUCUUUUGGUCUCCUUGUAGCAGUGCACCAUUUUGACCUUAUUUUUAGUUUACAUUUUUGAAACUUUUGAGCAUACACUCCUGUGUUUGAUGCUGUUAGAACUGGUAGCAUCAUUAUUUGGAAGUCUGGCCUAAAUGGUGAUUGUGACAGUAGGAACUUGCUCUCCUUUUAAUAAAGGCUGAACUUGUGGGCAGAACCAAACAUAACUAUUGUUCCAGAAAGCACUCCAAAGAGUGGAAGGUAAAUAUUUGCAGAAGCAGACCAUUAUCACAGAAAUCAGUUUUAUAGGAGUUUUCACACAAUAUUCAACAAACUAAAUUGUUUUUUAGGUCUUAUAUAAUGCCAGAUUUACUCAUUGGUGUGUGGCAGGGGUGGAGCCAGAUGUUGUAAAUAUUCUGGGUCCCUUACUAAUGUGCAGUCCUAUAAAAAAUGUCAUCCUUUGAAAUAUACUUUGCAAUAUAUGCGUUUUAGUGGAUUGUAAAACUACCACAUUAUAGUCAAAAUAAAUUCAGCAUGUUUAAA